AUGAAGCAAGCCCCUAUCCACACAUGGGCAUCACCUGAAAAUGGUGCAUUUAAAAUUAACGUGGACACUACUAUGGGAACAGAACAUUCCUUCUCAACAGCCUUGGCCAGGAAAAUGGGUGGAACAUUUGCAGAGGCAAGAAAGCCAUUGCUAGCAAUUUGGGCUGAGGAAGAGAGGUGGAAUCAUGUUACCAUUGAGAAUGAUUCACAAACAGUUGUUCAUGCUGUCAUGCUGAACCAUAUUAAGGUUCCUUGGGCCAUUUGGCCAAUCGUUCAUGAUCACAAGCAUUUGCUCAAAAAACAUCCAGAUUGGAGCAUCGUACACACUUAUCGUGAUGCAAAUGUGUUGGCAUAUGAACUUGCAAAGUAG